ACGAUAGCGUCAGUGCAGUAGACGACGGUCGGACGCAGGUGCCAUGGAAGGAACGAUGCCGAACACAUCUGAACCUAAGGCUCGUCAUGCAGCUGCCCGUGCAGAUUCGGGGAGGUCUCUUUCAUGCUUCAGCGUCGACGAGAAUGUUCAGGAUUUGCUUUGGGACGAGGACGUCCAAAUGGAGGAGCUCCUCGACUUCUCCUUCGACCACAUCGACAAGCUGGCAGAACGCCGGGGCAAGACUAUCACAAUCGCCGAGAAGUGGCGCCUCUGGGAUUACGUGCAGCGGAUGAAGCGCGAGCAGCCCUACUGGAUAACCAAGGAAUCGGUGCCCUGGGACGAGCUCGAGGCCAAAUACGCGCUCCACAGCCGCUCUCUGUCGUCCGACUCCUUGCGUGGUGACCUGCAGUUCUCGAGGAGUGGGCCGUCUACGCCCACGCCACUGAUGCAUUCGCUGAGGAGACCACUGGAGAGGAAGGGGUCGGCAGCUUCUCGUGGUGCUGCCGCUACUGAGGCGAGUCUUUGAAUCAAACGCAUCUCGACUGUCAACUGCGCCCUCGGACGAGCUGAAAUGCAAGCCGGACGAACGCUUUACGCUCUCUGAGCAGUGGGACGCAGGGUCGCCACACAGGGACCAUGUGGUGUCGGCAGCGUGCCCCAAGAAAAAGCAAGGUUGGCAACGGCUCCUAGGAAAGGUAUUUCACCCAAAACCCAAGAGCUCGGCGAAAGACCACAGCAUCGCAGAUUUGGACUCCACAUUCGCAGCUGCCUCCAACAGCUCCAGUCCUUGCUCGCGUUACGAAGGGCCUCCGUCGCCACCGACCAUAUUCCAGAAGCAACGCCCGACAGGCUUUCUCCGAAGGUCACUGCGAAAAGUGACCAUGGCGGCGCGCAAGCACGACUGAACGUCGAUCUCGACAACGUCGCGUUAUGGUGCCUGGCGUACAUACUUUUUAUUCGAUUUUAUUUGACUUUUGACAACUUCAUCGCUCACUGCAGAAGAAUGAAGAGAAAAAAAAAACUAUGGUGACGUCAUU